AUGGUUCUUACUUCUAUGGAUAAAUCUAUAGCAGAUUUUCCAUUUCGUUUCUCCUCUACAUAUCGCCGUGGCGAUGACCGCCUUAGCAGAGAUUAUGAGCAUGAGUGUUCUAUGGUUGUUUCGCAUGAGGAUAUGCUCUCUAUAGGUCGUCUGAAUAGCGAGCAAAAAUAUGCAUUCGAUCAAGUUGUAGUGCAAAUUGAUGCAGGUGGGAGUGGAGUUUUUUUCCUUGACGGUCCUGGAGGUACGGGUAAGACAUUUCUAUAUCGUUCAUUGUUGGCGUAUGUCCGUCAUAAGGGGGGUAUUGCUUUGGCUGUUGCAAGUUCGGGUGUAGCUGCAUCCUUAUUGCCUGGUGGUAGAACAGCGCAUUCGCGGUUCAAACUACCAUUUGAUGUUGACGAUAGAUCCAUUGGUAGGAUCAGCAAGCAGAGCGAUGUUGCUAAAUUGAUCAGGGCAGCAACACUUAUUAUAUGGGAUGAAGCGUCAAUGGCGAAUCGACAUUCUAUUGAAUCAUUUGAAGGGCUACUCACUGAUAUAUGUGACGGGGCAUCAGCUUUUGGUGGCAAGAUCGUUUUAUUUGGUGGAGAUUUCAGGCAGACUUUACCAAUAGUUGUGGGUGGUUCAAGAGAUACCAUGAUUGGCGCCAGUUUAGUAACUUCUACUUUGUGGAGGGGUAUAACUAGGCUUCAGCUCCGAAAAAAUGUUAGAGCUAAAGAGGAUCCUGAGUUUUCUGAAUUUUUACUCAGAAUUGGUAAUGGAGUUGAGCCAUUUAUAUUUGACGAAAAUGUGCAGAUCCCGGCAUCCAUGCUUAUUCCUUUUCUCGAUCUUCAUGCUUCUUUGGAUUGUCUUAUUCGUCAUGUUUAUCCUGAUUUGGACUAUUUCUUGACACAUCCUCUAUGUUUAAUAAAUAGAGCCAUCCUAACCUCCAAAAAUGACUGUGUGGAUGAACUCAAUGACCUAAUAAUAGAGCGCUUUCCAGGACAAAUCAAGGAGUACGUUAGCUUUAAUAGAACAGAUGAUCCAUUGCAACAGGGGGAGUACGAAGACUAUUUAGGAACUGUUUCUGCAAACGGGCUUCCUCCCCACAUAUUAAGGUUAAAGGAAAACUGUCCAAUUAUGUUAUUACGAAAUUUGAAUCCACUCCAGGGCCUCUGUAAUGGCACACGGCUUAUUUGUCGACGGUUAGGCGAUACUUUUAUCCAUGCCGAGAUAGCUGUUGGCGAUUUUAAAGGAAACUUAGUAUUUAUUCCUCGUAUACCUUUGGAGCCAUCAAGUAAGUUAAAGUGUCCGAUUCCUUUCAAACGGAUGCAAAUUCCUGUGAGGCCCUGUUUUGCUAUGACAAUAAACAAAUCGCAAGGACAGACUUUACAGCUUGUGGGCAUAUACCUUAGGGAACCUGUAUUUUCUCAUGGUCAACUUUAUGUUGCACUUUCGCGGGCGAAGUGUGCGAGCGCUGUUAAGGUGCUUAUUCAUCCAGAUUCGAGAGCAAAAAGUUCGAUUGAUUAUACAAAAAAUGUUGUGUAUCAUGAGAUUUUUAAAUUGGCCGAAGGUGCGUUGCAGUGCGCGUUCCUCGGGUUUACCAAAUCCACAUGUAUGUCUUCAGUGAUAUUUAGUUCUCGGAAUCAAUUUUUGUGUUUGCUACUUUUGGCCAUUAUAGAUGGUGCAGCCUAA